CCCCGCCCAAGGUCGCCCAGACGUGCCGUACGCCGACCCACAAUUCCCGCUGCGUGCUGCUGUCUCGCCGCCGCCUCUGCCGCCGCCCGUUACGGCUCCCGCCGCUGGGGACAUGUUGCAGAAACCGAGGAACCGGGGCCGCCCUAACACCCAGGCCGAGAGGGAGAGGGACUGGGGCCGCGGCGCCGCGGAGGAGGCCCCGAGCACCUCCCGCGGGGCGGGAGGCUCCCAGGAGGCCCGGGGCACGUCGUCGCAGGGCGGCCGCCGGGCUGAGGCCUCCCCCGAGGUGGGGCCCAGGUCCCAGCAGCAGCUGGAGCUGAAGGUGGCCGAGCUGGUGCAGUUCUUGCUGAUUAAGGACCAGAAGAAGAUCCCGAUCAAGCGCACUGACAUACUGAAGCACGUCAUCGGGGACUAUAAGGACAUCUUCCCUGACCUCCUUAAACUGGCUGCCGAGCGCCUCGAGUAUGUCUUCGGGUACAAGCUGGUGGAACUGGAACCCAAAAGCAAUACGUACAUCCUGAUCAACACUCUGGAACCGGUGGAGGAGGAUGCUGAGGUGAGAGGCGAUCAGGGCACGCCCACCACCGGCCUCCUGAUGAUUGUUUUAGGUCUCAUCUUUAUGAAGGGCAAUACCAUCAAGGAAACGGAGGUCUGGGACUUCCUGCGUCGCUUGGGGGUGUACCCCACAAAGAAGCAUUUAGUUUUUGGGGACCCAAAGAAACUUAUUACCGAAGAAUUUGUGCGACAGCGUUACCUGGAGUACCGGCGGAUACCCCACACUGAUCCUGUAGACUAUGAAUUCCAGUGGGGUCCCCGAACCAACCUGGAAACCAGCAAGAUGAAAGUUCUUAAGUUUGUGGCCAAAGUCCAUAAUCAAGAUCCCAAGGACUGGCCAGCACAGUACUGUGAGGCUUUGGCAGAUGAGGAGGCCAGGGCCAGACCUGAGACAGGUGGCCCCACUCCCUCCUCUUGAAGUCUGAGAGAGAGAUUUGAGCUCCAGAGGAGGUGUCAAAGGCACUGGGUGAUGGGGUAGGGGGGUGGGAGGGAGCAUAUUUCUGUAACACUCAAAUGUGUGUGGCUUUAGGAUGUGUUUGCAAACUUCUGUUCUCUUUUAAUAUUGUAAGUUAUUUGGUUCCAGCUUUUCACUUACAAAAAUAUUAGGAGAGGAUUUUUUGUUUUAACUUGUGUUAUUGUCUGUGUAUUUUGGCAUAAAAAUUUUGCUAGCUUUAUGCAAGUAAUUGGAAAACUUUGCACCAUGAUCUGGAACAGGUGUUUAAGAAAGAACACAUUGGUCAAUUGCUUUGGCGCCAAGAAAGUAAAAGCAAAGUGACUACUAUCUGGUGUCUUAACUACCCAGUUUGUAAGUUAAAAUAAAAGCCUUUAUAAAUUAAAAAUAAAAAUGUAAUUGCUUAUACUUUUUUUUACCUUAAGACAGCUAUUAUAUAUUUAUAUAUUUUCUAUGUAUAUAAGCAUUACGCAUCAUCUAAGCAAUGUGCAUAUUGUAUUUUCUCCAAAUAAUAAUUUUUUAUAUUCAUAAUUCUCACCUCUGACCAACCAUUUAGUUCCAUUUAGGUUUUUUUUUCCUGCUAUAGUUGUAAUAAAUACAGUAUCUUUGAAGCAGUUAAGCACUGUGCAUUUUUCAGUCGUGAUUCAUGAGAUUAAUUUCUUGACUCAAAACCGGCAUCUUAAAAACAGGUUUUUUUCUUGCUACAGAUUAUUAAGGUAAAAGUGUUUUGUAGAAGUUGCUUUACUUUUGUGUGUGUAUGUGCAUAUUGCAUCACAAUCUAAAAUACAUUUCCUACUGGAUAUAAAAAAGUUGAUAAAACUGUUAGUGAUUAACCAUACUUGGGAAUCUGACUACCUGGGUUUAGAUACUGGUUUCACAUAACUAGCUAUAUGAGCAUGUUACUUAUAUACAGAUGUUUCCUCACCUGUAAAACGAGCUCACGAUGCCCAUGUUAUGUGUGGUAAUGUGGUAAUUUGAUAUUGGAAGUGUAUGUCAAGUUCUUGGCACAAUGCCCGGUGUGGAGGAUUUUAGUUGUUAACUUUGUUCCUUAAUUUUUUAAAUUUGUUUUUUGUUGUUUAUUUAUUUAUUUUGAGAGAGAGCAGGGGUGAGGCAGAGAGAGAGAGAGAGAGGGAAUCCCAAUUAGUCUCUGCACUGUCAGCGCAGAGCCUGACCAGGGCAGGGCUCGAACUCAUGAACCUUGAGAUCAUGACCUGACCCGAAACCAGGAGUCAGAGGCUUAACCUGACUGAGCCACCCAGGCACCUAAUAUUUUAAUCUUCUUGGUUUGGAGCAGUUAAAUUUUUUUUUCAGGUUUUCUUUCAUUAUCUUCUAAAUCAUAGAAUAGGAGUUCUGGUUCAAAAGUUACAACAAUAUUCUUCUAGCCUGAUUCUAUUGUGUGGUUUCAUGGGAAAACAUAACUCAUGGUAUAUUGUGAGUAUAGCCCACAUAAAGUAAAACAGGACAGUUAGACCUAAGAUCUCCCCUGGGCUUGAGAGCUAAUUUUUUAGUGGAAAGGAUAUGGGUUUUGAGGUUGUCUGACAAAUGGAAUUUGAAUUCUGGCUCAUACUAUGUCAGCAUGGUGACUUGGGGUCGAUUUUAAGUUUUCUGAAUCUCAAUUUAUCUGUAAGAUCAGAAAAACAGUAACUAUAUUAUAGUUUGUUAUAUGUAUUAAAUGAAUCUGAAGAAAAGAGCUCAGUCUCCUCUCAUUCCUCCAUAGCUUCUGGCAAAAUGUUGUUUAUAUUCAGAGAUUCAACAAAUAAUUAUUCAGUGAGUGACUAAAUUUAAUUGUUUGGGGGGAAGGGACUACAAAUUAACCCCAAAAUGAGAUAAGUACUUCAGUUAAAAAAAAUGUGGAUUUGAUCAACACUGGACUAACUGCCAUCUAGAAGCGUCUAUGGUGGGUUUGUAGUGGUAUGACAAUGUGAUAGGCUGAUUGUUUUUUUGUUUUUUGUUUUCAUUCUGUUGAAUUGUAAUUUGCAUUUAUUUCAUCAAUUAGAAUAUAACUGGUGCUUGAAGGCAUUUCUCCUUGGUUUGCAUUUUAUUUCAGUGUAUAAAUUACCUUGCGACUAAGCAUCCUGCUUACUGGUCCCUCACCUCACUGACUGCUUUCCUCUCUGGAGUGUUUUAACACUGGCAUUUUCCUCCGUGUGUGAAAAUUAUCAUUACCCAGCACCCACUGUCAGUUAUGUCUGAGGCAGAUAUCUUCUCCCAACACUUUUCUAUAGAGAUGUUAGCCAUUUACCUUUAAUGAGUUACCGUUUUGUUUCAGGUUUUAUUUUUUAAAGUUUUUAUUUAUUUAUUUAUUUUAAGCAAUCUCUACAGCCAACAUGGGGCUCAAACUCUCGAUCAUGGGAUCAAGAGUUGAAUGCUUCCAACUGAGUCAGCCAGACACCCCCAUUGUAAAAUAUAAAACAUUACAGACCAGAUCAAGUCCUUAGAGGUUCUACCCUUCCCGGAGGUGUCUAAAGUUUGUGGGUAUCAUUCCAUUGUAUGAUUUAACACUUUUACCAUGUAUGUGUAUACACAUGAACAAUAUAUAGUAGUAUUUUGUAAGCUUUGAUGACUUCUAUAUGGGGUAUCAUACUGUACCCUUUUGCAACUUGGUGUUACAACUUA